GAUAUUGUUCUGUCAAAGCGUGUUUUAAAGCGAAGAUGAUUCGGUGCUAACUCAAGGCAAAAAAUUUUUUUUGGACUUCAGAUUUGCAACCGGACGUGUACACUAUUGAAUCUGUGGUUACCCAUAUGGAAGAGACGGGAUUGUCAAAAAAUAUACUUGAUUUGAUUUAUGAGCCAAUAGAAGCAAUUCUACAAGAACUCGAACAACUCAGGAGUUCUCAGUUAAAUCUACAGUCGAACGUCAAGUUGACUAGUAAAGACAUUUUAGUGAUUGACUCGGAGCUCGAAGGGUUCAAGAAGGUGCCAGAAUAUGUCAUCAAGCUCCAUGGCAUUAAAAAAGACAUGAUGGAGAUAUCGGAGCGUGCCAGUUCGCUGGUAGAAAGGUGUGUCGAGAUCUAAGUUUUUGUUGUUUUGUGACUAAAAUUUUUGUUUUUUAGGGCCAAAAAAAUAAAAGAUGAAAAACAUGCUCAGAGACAAAAAGACGAUGAAAGGAAGCGGCAACUGACAGCUAAGCUAUCAUCGAACCUCACUUCUAAUAAAAAGAGUUGAAAAGGCGUCUUUUUUCAGUCAAUGCUUCUCCCUUUGCAGGCAAUUUGAUUUGCGGUUCGUACGCGCGUAUGUCUAAGGAAGGAGUGGCCUUUAACGACACGGAUGCAGGAGGGGGUUUGUGAGAAUCAGGAAAGUUUUCGUUUUGAUAAAAUAUUUAAAAAAAUUGUAUCCUCAUUAUUAAGAGAACACACUCAUCUAUGUCUAAGUGUCGGUUCACUUCUCUCGAUGUCAGAUGCAUAGUCAGGGAUUUUCAGCACAAGCUGGUUGGAUUGAGAUUGGCCAACGUUUAUGACUGCAAUAACAAGACAUAUUUAUUUAAGUUUGCCAGUUCUGUCAAAAAGGCAUAUGUCAUCUUUGAGAGUGGCGUAUGCGUCUAUUCAACCAAUUUCCCGAGAGAGCACAGAGAAUCUCCGUCAGUGUUUGCGUUGAAGUUUAGAAAGGCGAUUCGAGCCAAAAUUUUGAGGAGCGUGAAUCAAGUUUUUUUCGACCGAGUGAUUGAUUUUACAUUCGGUUCAGAAGAGUAUGCACAUCACUUGAUUUGCGAGUUCUAUGCCAGUGGAAAUAUUAUUUUGACGGAUCACACGUACAAGAUUCUUUUGCUGUUACGCCCGUAUAGUUUAGAAGGCGAGGGUCGAGUAUGCGCCAUUGGCAAUGUAUAUCCUAUCACAGUUGGCCAGUCGUUGAGCGUACCCAGUGUAGAUCAAGUGGAGAGCGUAGUGAACGAGUCUUUAUGCAGUCAUCCGUCUUUGGUUUUGUCUAGGUGUUUGACAAGUAUUUUUACGGUGGGUAUAGACGCGAUUGAGCAUUGUUUGGUGAAGGUGGGAUUGCCGAGUCGGGUCAGGGUUAAGGACUAUGACAAGUCGAAGACGCCCGAGUUAGUGUCGUGGUUUGAGCGGAUGGCAGAGGAGGUGAGGAAGAUGGAAAAGGGUCCAGGAUACGUGGUGUGUGACAGUCGGCGUGGUAGGGACGAUGCUGCAGCUGAUGAAUUAGACGGGAAACAAGAAGAUUUGGAAUACGUUAGAUAUUUGAAGUAUCUUCCGUUUCGUUUUGCUCAGUACUCUGAAUAUCGUCUGCUAGAGUUUGACGAUUUUGACGGUGCGGUGGAUGCUUACUUUUCGAAUUUGGAGAAGCUGCAAGAGGAGGGCAAGAGACAAGCUGGCGACCGUGCGAGAGAGCAGCGGCUGGAGAAGGUACGAGAGGACAACAAAAGGCGCGUGAAUGAGUUACAGAAACACGCAGAAGAUUGUAAGAGGAGUGCUCAGCUGAUAGAAGACAACGUGGAGGCAGUUGAGAAAAUCUUGAGCGUGAUUAAUGAAUAUUUGUCUAGGCAAGUUUUUUGGACGUCUAUAGAGGCGUUUGUGAAACAAGAGAGGCGCAGAGGUGAUCCGCUGGCUAUGAUGAUUGACAGUCUUUGUUUGGAUAGGAAAGCAAUUGUAUUGUCUUUUGAGGCAAAGGAUAAGUCAGCGGAAGGCGGUUCGGCUUUGGUCGAGGUUGAUUUAGGAUUGACAGCACACGGAAAUGUGGCCAAAUAUUAUGCUGAGAUGAGAAAAGCAUUAGAGAAGAAGCAGAGGACAAUGGAUGCUCAGAAUGCGGCAUUGAAGAAUGCGCAGAGGAAAAUUGAUGCUGAGAAGAAUCAGGUUCGGAUUAAUUCUCAAGUGCUGAAUUUACGUAAGACUUAUUGGUUUGAAAAGUUCAAAUGGUUCAUUUCUUCUGAUCGAUUUAUCGUGGUAGCUGGAAGAGAUAUGUUUCAGAAUGAAAUUUUAUACAAACGCCAUUUGACUCGAGGCGAUAUUUAUGUCCACGCAGAUGUUCAUGGAGCAUCUACAUGCAUUAUAAAAAAUCCUACGGGUAGUCAAGUGCCGCCUAAGACGUUGGAAGAGGCAGGAACGAUGUGUGUGUGUUAUUCAUCAGCAUGGAAGGACAAGUCGAUUGCUGCGGCUUGGUGGGUCUACGAUCAUCAGGUGAGUAAGACGGCACCCACCGGUGAGUAUUUGACGACAGGCUCUUUCAUGGUACGUGGAAAGAAAAACUAUCUACUUCCUCGCGAGUUGGUGAUGGGAUUUGGCAUUUUGUUUUGUCUAGCGGACGAAAGCAUACCCAAUCAUACCCAGGAUUUCGAAAGUGCGACAGUGGAAGUGGAAACAAGUCCAAAAGACGAGAAUCAGGUUUCUGUUCAAAUCGAGAACUACCAAGGUGAAACGGCGUCAGAAAUAGACGACGGUUCAAAUCACUUUUCUGAGAAAACUCAAGAAACGGAAAAUGCACCGGUUUUGGAAGUCUGUCACGAAUCUGAGCUUGGAGAUGCUUAUGCAGUCGAUUUUGCGCAUGAGGACGAGUUGGUGGACGAGAUUGCAGCGAUGGAUUUGAACGGAGCGAGUGAUGUCUCCGAUCGUUCCGGAAAGAAACGGAUGUCAGCCUACGAGAGAAGGCAGAUGAAGAAGAAGAGUCAAGGAAAGACGCCCUCUGUUCCUCAGGUGCCUCGGGUUCAUGUAGAGCCUACGGAGAAGAAGCCGGUUGCGCCUAAAAUCAAAAAGAGCAAAUUGAGGAAAAUUAGGAAAAAGUACAAGCAUCAAGAUGAGGAAGAGCGUGCAAUUACCGAGCAUCUAUUGGCUAGCGCGGGAAGACCAAAGGUUGAUGGUAAGAGGCACAGCGGCGCUGCUUCGAAGAAGAGCGAGGAAGAAACUCGUCUAUUAGAGGAGCAAAAGAAGCAGAAACUGGAAGCUCAGGCGCGCGCGCAAGCCGCUAAAUUGGAGAGAGAAAUUGAAGAAGAGGAGAUUAGGUUACUAUACAAAGAAGAGAAGUUGGAGCAGUUAAGCGAGAAGGAUUUGGAGAAGAUCAAAGAAAAUUAUGCCAAAGGACUUGGCGUGAAUCUUAGUGCAUUUACAGGGAAUCCGAAAAACGAAGAUGUUCUUUUGUAUGCUAUGGGUGUAUGUGCACCUUAUGACGCGUUAUCAGAGUACAAAUAUCGAGUCAAAUUGGUACCAGACAAUGUUCAGAAAAAGAGAAAGAAGGGUAAACUUGCCAUUGAAGCAUUUUUGAAUGACGAGCAUUCAACAAAGAAUGAGAAGGACCUCAUUCGAGCAAUUCCAGACUCCGAGAUUGCGUUGGUAAUAAUACCGAAUGCGAAACUCCAGAUGCCCGGCAUGGCUCAGCUGCUGAAGAAAAAAAAACAAAAAAAAAAAUCAUAAUUGCCUUGUACAAACGGCUCUAUAUGAA